UCGGUUUCCUUGUGGCCUUAUCGGUUGUAUUUAUCGAAGCUUCUUCCCAUGCUCCUAAGGUUAGUGCAAUGGAGACUGCACAGUUUGGGAAAAACUCUGCUUGUCCCAAAUACCUGACCUUGUCAGAUACAUCAAAAUGGAGCUGCAUGUCCUGUUUGAACGCAGAUUGUGGUUUCUGUGCUAAUGCAGCCAGCGAAUUUCAACCUGGAGCAUGCUUGGCUGACACCAAGGCCUUAAAAAGCACAUGUCAUGCACAACAUCGGGUGUUUUUCGAGAAGGGUUGUCCAAGUAAAUUUGGAUUUCUUGCUGUCGUACUCCGUGGACUCUAUAUAAUUGCUUAUGCACCUGGAAUGGGUACUGCACCAUGGAUUGUGAAUUCAGAAAUUUACCCAUUGAGAUAGAGAGGCAUUGGUGGAGGGAUUGCUGCAGUGUCGAACUGGGCUUCAAAUCUUAUAGUUAGUGAAACAUAUUUAACUCUGACUGAGCAUCUUGGAGCUGGUGGUACCUUUUUCCUAUUUGCUGCAAUUUCCUGCGUUGGACUUGCAUGCAUCUUCUGGUUUGUUCCUGAAACCAAAGGCCUACAAUUUGAGGAGGUUGAGAAAAUCUUAGAGGAAGGAUACAGGCCAGAUUUGUGUGGAGGAAAGAAAAAGAGGAAGAAUGUCGAUACUGUAUAAUUCUGAAGAAGCUUGAGCUGAAAGUGAGAGACAAAAAUUGCAGACUUGCAGUACCUAUUACAAUUCCUAUAAUUAUUGUCAAUGGUAUUCCGCGUUUUUAAUGAGGAAGGAAUCCUAUUGCUC